GGUUUAAUUUUAUACAGUAGCUACAUUAUUAGUAUACAAAUAAGACCCGGACAACUGAUUUAAAAGAAACCAAGUCGGGUUACGCAUUUAGAAAUACGAUACAUGCAAAACUCAUUCUUCUAAUACCAAUGUUAACUGAAAAGAGAAAUUGCAUUUCUACAUUUCCCCUCAGUUUAAUAACACCCAGGAUUGACCAUUUCUCUCGACUUCCUUGCAUAUGGGCUUGUCCUUCUGGUGAACUUUCACCUCCCAAACUUGCCUUCUUUCAUUGGACACAAAGUGCAGAAAAAAAAGGAAUGAAAGGUUUUGUGUGUGUGUGUGUGUGUGUGGCUUCAGUUGUAAUUGGCUUUGAGACACUUUCACUUUUUUAACAAUCCCCUUUCUCAAAAGCAUACCGUUUCCCUUGACCAACAUAAGACAUAAGUAAACGGCUUAGCUUUCUAAGUAUUCUUUUGCGCUCAUUUUAAUUACAACAUGUUUGUUCUCUAGUUGUUCAAUGAAGAACUGCAAUGAAUGUUGUUUACCCAGCAGGUGGAUGUGACGUCAAGGGCUUGGAACAUCAAAAAAUAACAACAUCCAAAUCCGCGAUUCCCCUUGUCUUUCAAGGCGCAUUAAAAUGUAAUAUCACCACAAGCAGCUCUGCUUCAGAUUUGAGAGGGAAGGUGGGGUGAAACUGUGUGGAUUCCUGAUCAGAAACAGUGCUUUCUGUGUAUCCUGCCGGAGAUUCCUUGUUGCCAGUUGAAGUUAGUCCCCCAAGCGGAGUAAUAUUGUUAUUUACUGUGUGGUUGCUGCAUGCUUUCUUGGUAUACAAGAUCGCAUGUCAGUUGAUUGUUACAAGCAAGCCCAGACAUUUAUCUUCAGCGUUGAUCAACCAUUUUCGUACUCGUAUCAAGUGAUCUUCUCAAGCACGUCCGCUUCCUGAUGUGAAGACUUCAAGUCCAGUAGGCUUUGCACUUGGUUCUCACUGAAUUGGUGGAAUGUCCAUUUUACCUAGAAAAGAUAAGAAGAGUGAACUGUAACGGAAGAUUGCUUUAAACAAGCAACUGCUUGAAGAAGGUUUUUAAGUCAUGAUGCAAGAAUCUGGGUCUGAGGCGACAAGUAACGGUUCAGCCAGUCAGAACGGAGCAAGCAGUGGCAACCCCUUUACAGACUGCAACUUAAGGGAAGUGAGAUCGAAUGGUGAGACCCCUUCUCUUGAAGUCUCAGCAGCUGAUUUAGUGCAUCUGCAGCAACACCAGGCUCUUCAAGUUGCACGACAGCUCCUGCUGCAUCAGCAACAACAGCAAGGCUCUGGACUGAAGUCACCCAAAGGGAAUGACAAGCAGACAGCUCAACAGGUUCCAGUAUCAGUGGCUAUGAUGACACCUCAAGUGAUUACUCCUCAGCAAAUGCAGUUUAUCCUCCAGCAGCAAGUGCUGACCCCCCAGCAGCUCCAGGGCUUGCUGCAGCAACAGCAGACGCUUAUGUUACAACAGCAGCAACUCCAAGAGUUUUAUAAGAAACAACAGGAACAGGUGCAUCUUCAGCUUCUACAGCAACAACAUGGUGGGAAACAGAGUAAAGAGCAACAGGUAGCCGCUCAGCAGCUGGCCUUCCAGCAGCAGCUUCUGCAGGUUCAGCAGCUUCAGCAGCAGCACCUCCUGAACCUCCAGCGGCAAGGCCUGCUCACCAUCCAGCCAGGCCAGGCUGCCCUUCCCGUACACCAGCUGACUCAAGGCAUGAUUCCAGCAGACGUGCAGCAGCUCUGGAAAGAGGUAACCGGAAGUAAAGAUGAGAACAUGGCGAACAACCACGGAAGCCUGGACCUGUCCACUGGCUCCAUCCACUCACCUGCUCCCCUGAAGAAUUCAUUAAUAGUAAACCAUCAUGCCUCAACAAAUGGACAACAUGUGGGCCACACUCCCAAAAGAGAAUGCUUAUCCAACGAAGAUAACCCACACAGCCACCCUCUGUAUGGGCAUGGUGUAUGCAAAUGGCCUGGCUGUGAAACAAUAUGUGAAGAUUUCCAGUCAUUCCUUAAACAUCUCAACAAUGAGCAUGCCCUGGAUGACCGGAGUACAGCACAGUGUCGAGUGCAGAUGCAAGUCGUACAGCAGCUGGAACUACAGCUUGCUAAAGACAAAGACCGCCUGCAAGCCAUGAUGACGCACCUGCAUGUGAAAUCAACAGAGCCAAAGCCUACCCCUCAGCCUCUGAAUCUGGUGUCCAAUGCCACACUCUCCAAAACGGCUUCUGAAGCCUCGCCACAGAGUUUACCUCACACCCCUACCACCCCGACAGCCCCCCUCACUUCCAUCAACCAGGGACUUUCAGUAAUCACACCGACGAGCAUGCACAGCGGGGGACCAUACAGGAGGCGAUAUUCCGAGAAAUACAAUAUGCCCAUCUCUCCAGAUCUUUCACAGAACAAAGAGUUUUACAUGAAUGCUGAAGUGAGACCUCCAUUUACAUAUGCUUCCUUAAUAAGGCAGGGAAUUCUUGAAUCUCCUGAAAAGCAGCUAACACUAAACGAAAUCUACAACUGGUUCACACGAAUGUUUGCAUAUUUCAGGCGCAAUGCAGCAACGUGGAAGAAUGCAGUCCGUCAUAAUCUUAGUCUUCACAAGUGUUUUGUGCGAGUAGAAAACGUUAAAGGGGCAGUUUGGACAGUGGAUGAACUAGAGUUCCAAAAACGAAGGCCGCAAAAGAUAAGUGGAGUAGAGGAUGAGUUUGGGUCCUUUUGGACUGUUGAUGAUGAGGAGUUUAAACGUGGUCGCCACAUUCAGCGAGGCCGUCCUCGGAAACACAACACUGAGGAAGCUAUUGAUGAUCUAUUUUUACACAGUCCAACUCUUGUAAAGAAUAUACAGACCAGCCUUGCUUAUAGCACAUCUCUCAAUGCUGCUUUUCAGGCUUCAAUGGUAGAAAAUAACAUACCUCUAUACACUACUGCUUCCAUGGGAAGUCCCACUCUUAGCUCACUGGCUAAUGCUAUACGAGAGGAGGUAAAUGGUGCAAUGGACCAUGCAAACAGCAUCGGAAGUGACAGCAGCCCAGGACGAUCUCCUUUUCAACCUAUGCAUCAUAUCAAUGUUAAAGAGGAACCACUGGAUCCAGAAGAUCAUGAUGGUCCUUUGUCCCUUGUGACAACAGCCAACCACAGUCCAGAUUUUGACCAUGACAGAGAUUAUGAAGACGACCCUGGGAAUGAAGACAUGCAAUAAGCACAUGUCGUUGUAAUCCUGAGAUUGAAAGAACUAAUCAAAAUGAGCUGUAAAAUCUCUCCAAAAGAAAAAGGGGGUCUGAAGGAUUUUCAGACCAUUUUGACAGUUAUAAAAUGUUUUAAUUGACUUAGUGCCAUUAAAUAAAUAAAAUAUCCCAUUUGGGAGUAUUUUUUAUUUAUUUAUACUUUUUUGUUUAACAAAAAAAAAAAAAAAAAAAAAAAAAAGGAAUUUCUACUCGACAUGUAUUGAAUGGACUUGUUUGGUACUUGGGACUUUUCCUCUUGAAAUCAACAUCAGUGCUGUGUUACUGGACAGUUCAUGCUGUACACACACACUGCAGCGGACAACGGACUGCAAUCCUGCAAAUACGGAUAACAAAGCCACAUUAAACUGAGCAUGUACUUUUCACACUGCAGGUUGAACUGUGCCCAGAAACUUAAGAGAUUUUGAUGGACAUUUGAUUUGCACAGUGCUGUGUGUGGAUUAAGUUGAUUAUCACUGCCUUUAAUCCACUUUUUUUGUUGCUUCCAUUAAGGUUGGGGAGGGUCUUAUAUGGGGGGAAAAAAGCUAUAAUUCUUUGUAAUGUGUUGUUUUUUGUUUCUUCUACUACUACACAUUUUUAAACUCUGACCAGCCUCCUUAAACUUGGAACGUUGGCCCCUUAGAGGCUUCAGAUGGUCAGCACUUGAUGAUGAUGAUGAUGAUAAUGAAUGUUUAUUUUUUAUUUUAUUAUUUUUUUUUUGUAUAUGAAGCAGAAUGUCAAACACCUAGUAGUAUUUUUCUGUCAUUUAUUCCAUAAUUUGCUUCAAAAUGCAACCUCAUGCCACCAAGUUUUUUUUUUUUUUCAACACAGCUGCCCGUUCACUUCUGCUUGUUGCCAAAAUGUAGCCCACCCCCCAAAAUUGUGAAGUCCAGCAGUAAUGCACUACUCAUAAUGAAGGUUCUACCUACGCAUAGACAAAGUAUUGUAAAAAAACAAAAUGAGAAUGAAUGACAGAGAAAUCUUACCAGAAUUCAAAGAAUGGAAUAGAUUUGGUCUACACAGCAGUGAAAGACUUAGCUGCAACAGAAUCACUGAACAUUCUUGAAGCAUUUGACCCAAGCAUUUUUUUUUUACAGAGUAAUAUACAUACCUUAAUAAUAAGUAAUAGUUAUAAUAGUUAUAAACAGAAAAUAUACAUACAUUAGGCCCACAAUUGAAAAUAUAAGCAAGAGAAAUGGUCUCACCUCUGAUUACUAUAUCACAGGUUCAGCAUUUCAUUGCAGCCUGGUUCAGAACUGCUUUGGAGAUAAAUCUGUUUAAAUAGAACAGACUUGUCAUGUUGAGGGGAUAGUGGUAGCUAAAUCCAGCAAUGUCAAAGUAUUAGUGUAAUUGUUCAUGUGCAAAUACUGUGCUGUGUUCUAUUGCUGUAUGCCAGCCACUAUCAAUACUUUAGCAGUGGGAGCAGAGCAUGAUGUGCGGCUGGAGACUGUUUUGCAAGUUUGGCGCAGCUAGAGAAUACUGAACUGAAAUCAAACGUUUGUACAAGUCUGUCACAGAUCACUUAAAAAACACUGCAACCAACCACUUGUAUCAGUUGUAUUUAUUUAGGAAGUCUGAUUUCAAUAUGAUUUGGUUAAUAAGCUUUUGAAGUUUUUUUUUUUUUUUUUUUUUUUUUGCUUAAUAUUUUUGUUCUGUAAUUACCAAAGAUGAACUGUUAAGUCAACUAUGUUCUCUGUUUCAUUCUUUAUCACAUAAGGCCAAAUAUCCUCUCAUUUUUGUCAAUGGAGGCAGAGAGGGAUAGAUGGGAUUUAGAGAAAUAGGCUAAUUUAAGGCUAUAUCUAGCUGUUGGUGAUAAAAGCUCCUUGUAUCUUCAGAUUAUUAUUGGUGGAUGAUUUAAGCCAAAGGUGUUGCUUACUGAGUAGCCACAUGUUGUCCUUGCAGUGACCAAAUUAGAAACCAUACUAAAAAGCAAUGAAAAACAGACCAAACUAAGGGAACAAAAUUAGGGGUCCAACAAAUAUAGGGAGCAUUCCAUCUUGAAAAGGUAACUGUACAUCAAGGGUAAUGUUAAGACGCUGUGAUUGACAGCGAGCAGUGCAAACGAUUCUACAAAUUAAGUGAACCAUGCAGUGGUUUUUUUAAGGUUAUUUUACGUUCCAGAUUUUUAAAAGAUUGUAUGCACCUUCUGUUGGAAGACCAGAAUCCUUCAGUGUGCCAGGAUUAUUUCUUUUGUUUUUGUUUGCCUUGGCACAGUUCUGUGAUUGUUUUUAGUUUCUGUCAGCAUUUUGUUUUUUAUUAUAAAAACACUCCUGUUAACUCAUAAGCUUGGUACAAGGUACUUUUGUGGCAGUUAUUUUUAAGCUUUAUCAUGCUUUCAAUAAAAAUAGCAACCUGUGGUCUUGUAAAAAUGUAUUUAAAAUUGUAUCAAGGCAGCUUCAUGACGUGCAAGCAGUAGCCAAAUGGGAUCGUGGGAUCCCUGCACAUCCAAUCUGAGUGGUUUGCUGGUUAGCUGUGCAUUUUAAAGGGGGUAAAAAGCUAGUUUAGAUUAGUACAUUCUCAGCAUGUGUAGCUAGACAUGACUAAAGAUAACAGCAUGAGAAAACUGUUAGUACGCAUACCUCAGUUCAAACCUUUAGGGAAUGAUUAAAUAUAAAAAUACAUUUCAUGCAGUUGCACUUAGUUGUAUGUCUUGCAUGCUUAGUCAAAAGACUUUAGCAAAAAAUUAGAGCUUGCCUAUCUCAAGGGGCUCACAACCUUUCAGUAAAACCAAUUUAAACCUCAGGUCUUUCAUGAAGAAAACAUACCAUUUUUUGUGUUUGGGUUUCCCCCACCCCACCCCCAUCUACUAUCUCUUUGGAUAUACAAAGGUUUCAAUUGGGUGGGCUUUCUUCUGUUGUACAUAUAUCCCCAUGUCAGUGCAAGCCUUUGUCUUUUUGGUUUCUUUUAUUGUUCCUUCCAAUGCUAAACUUGCUCGUUUAAACACGUUUGCUUUAAUGCAACUGCUUUGUAUUAACUUUAUUAAAAUAGCUAUGAAAAAACUACUGUAUGUAUUUGAAUAGCAGAAUGUGCUGCACUUGUAUUUUAAUUAGUAAUCCUUGCUUUAAACAAAACGGAUAUUUGCUGACAGUUGGGUGGGGGGGAUCCCUUAUGUUUUGCUUUAAAACUGUAACAUAGAGGACAGACUUUUCUCUGUUACCAUUGACCGAGGCAUUUUGUACAGAAUUUCUGUUUGUGUUAAGCUGUUUUGAUAGUUCCCGCCUUAUGAUGGUCCAACCACUGCCUUUUGUGGCUGUCUUUAAAAGGUUCAAACUACUGCAAAGAGGGCCAUUUUAAAGUUUUCUCGUCUUCAAGGAAAUAUUUUGCAUGAAUUAUUCUUGGAUCACACUUAAAAAAAUAAAAUAAAUAAAAAUAAAUAAAUAAAAUAAUGUAAAAAAAAAAAAAUAGUCAAGUGUUCAUAAAUCAUAAAGGGGAGUGUCAAUCUAAUAAAUUUUGUAAAGAACUUUACAAGGUGCCAAGAUGUAAAGAAUAUUUGUUACAUGCUUUUUUCAAAGAAAAGCAUACAUUAGCAUAAAGGAAAUACCAUGUAUCAGACAAAAUUGCUGUCAGGAAUGAGAGUCGCAGCCUUCUUUGAUGAAAUAAAACUGGACCGUUAACGCUGUUGAAUUAUUUGAUUAUUAGAGUAGGUAAAAUGAAGCGUAGCGGGUGGAACAAUGUUAAGUUGAGCACAUAGGUCAAUGUCAAGUGACUAGCUGACACCUGCCUCUAAAGGUCAAUAUGGUAAUAAUGUUUACUCCUUUAUUGAUUACUCAUAAUACAAACUGUUGCAGUACAUCAUUUUCGAUGUCAGAUAUUUAAAUAAAUAAUAACAGUGGCAUUUUAUCCAUACAUUUCCAUUGCAGUCGUGUCAGAUGUGCCUCAAACGUAUUGUGGAUUAUGCUCACGUAACAAGUUCUGCAACUCCUUGCUUAAGAAAAAAGGUACAGUCAAAGAAAUGGAGUUAACAUGGUGCUGCACAGGUUUGCUCUGCCAGGUUGGAGAUGUCUCUGAAGGCAUAAAUGAAACUCAUUCCUUACAUCUGUUUGUAAUACCGUACCAUCAUUCCAUGUCUGUUGAUGCAGACAAUAAAAAACUGUUGUACAGUCAGUACUGAUUACUGAUUAAAGCAUUCUCAAAUGCAAUAAAAUGCUGGUUGUUCACAUUG